GGAAAAAGAAACUGUUACGGAUCGGGAGCUCUUUCAGAGCUCUUCGAAAACCCGAUCCACCCUUUACAAAUUCAUAUGGUUCCUCCAUUUGUUGACGAAAACAGCCCGACGUUCCACCUGCAAAUUCAUGGUGAAGAAGUUUACGGAUGCAGAGAAAUUUGUGGGAAGCCGGCGACAGUGUUCGACUUACUUCAAGUGAGUGUCAAGCCGCUUGGUUACCAGUUCAAGGAGCCUGCUCGAGAUCGUAUUGGGCGCGCAAUCGCGGAAAGCAUUCGGCGAUCUCGGCGAAAGAUCCAAGCCACGGCGGACGGAAGCAAAACAUUACAAUCAGCGACGAGUGUUCUGGCUUCCGAGCUCAAUUUUACUCUCCUCGCAGGGAGUUUAUUUACGACAUAA